AGGCCGCGUGGUUGGUUACUUCCGAAGGGAGAACAAGCAGCUGCUUGUCGUCGUGGUCCCAUUGCCACACGGUUGCCUGGCAACCUGCAGAGGUGGUUGAAGUGUGAUUACCACUUCAAAACCUUGUGCUGGGUGCAAGUGAGAGCUACAUGCGCUUCCCCACCAACUUCAUGGUGUUGAUAACUUCAGCGGAGCAUCUCACCCACAUUUGAGUGCGGGAAAAAAAAGAACUAAAAAGAAUGUUGUUUUAAAACACAGAUUAGCUUCACUGUAGGUUUUUGUUGUUGUUUCUGUGUGGAACAGGUCCACAGCUUAUCAUUCAGGAUCAACCCACCGCGGAGCUUUAGUUUCAGCUACUCUGGAAAAUGCCUGCGACAGGGGCUUUUUUUUAGCAGGAAGGAACUCGUGAUGAUUUCUUCAGUGAUAUCUUUCACACCGAUGACAUUUACUCUCAAUAUAAAAGUAAAAGUGACCAAUCAUUCUCUUGAAAAUAUCGUUGGUGGUUUUGCGCUGUUAUGAUUUAAUUUGUUAACUGUCACCAAGAAAGAUGCAUUUAGGGUCAUAAUAGUCAUUUGUUUAUUCUCAUUUUUUAACACUUCCAACUUUCUUUUUCUUUUUGUAACCUUGAGAUUCACCCAUGAGACGAACACUACUUUCACUACUAGGUUUCCUGUCCUUCCGGUCUUUUCCGCACGGAACUAUAAAGGUUGACAAACAGUUUUUCCCACAUGCACUGAACGCAGCACGAGCAUAAAAAUUCUUUCCUCAGAGAUGGAAGUAAACAAAUGAUUCAGCAGAGUAGGUUCUGCAGUAUUUACAGGGAAUUAAUGGAGGAGACACAUGUUGCAAAACCAAAGCUGUUCGGAAACAGAGGAUAUUAACGCCGGCUGCUGGGAGACUCCAGGACAAACAUUAGACAACAUUCAGCUCCUGACGCUGUAGGACUUAAAGUUAAAUCAAAAACACAAUGACGUGUGCAACAGGGGAAAAGCUCUGGACUUUCUGACAUGACUCUAUGUGAGUGACGUCACUACUUUCAGGAAGUUGUGUUUAAUGAAGCAGCUUUCAGUGAGUCACACCUGCUUUACCAGGAAAACAGAACCUUCCUGACCGGAGGAGGUCCGAAAGCCCUGAACUCUGCUGAGGCUGAGCCACUUCGCUGCCUGCUUCACUGCUCCUGCGUUUUGCCGCCGACCUUUUGACCUUCUUGUUCUCGUGGCGUGACUUCGCCGGGUUCAUCCAGUUCGGUCGCGUUUUACCGGGGUUCAAACGCUCCCGCGCUUGAGAUGGAGAAGAAGAAGAAGUGAGAGCUUUACUCUCAUGAGGAACUGAAGCCGGCCUGUUUUUUAGCACACCUGUAGAGAUGUCAUGGGUGUGUGAAACUGGUGAGCAGCCCAGAGGUUCCACAAACCUCAUCGGCGGCGGGAAACACGAUGCCGUCCGGCCGGGCGACGAUGAGAGCAGACAGCAGUGGGCGGCGAGGAGGAUCAGUGCCCUGUGGUACUCCAUGCGCAAAGACAGGAAGGAGCAUGAGCAUCUGUUCGCGGCCCCGGAGGCGCCGCGGCCCACGGCGGCGCCGGAGAGCGGGUCCAGGCAGCAGCGCUACGCCAGCGGGCAGUACUUCUUCGAGUACCUGGUGGUGGUCAGCCUCAAGAAGACAAAGGACGGCGGCGGCUACGAGCCUCAGAUCACCUACCAGUUCCCUAAGAGAGAUGGAAUGGCCAAGUAUCAGAAAGAGGAGGAGGAGAAGACGCUGAAGGCCAUCACGCUCUUCUGUUUCCCAGAGGGAAUCAGCUGGGCUCCUCUGACCGAGUACCACAGCGAGACCUUCUCCUUCGUGCUCACCGAGGUCGACGGCAGCAGAAGAAACGGGUACUGCCGCCGGUUGCUGCCCGGAGGCCGAGGGGCCCGGCCGCCUGAGGCCUACUGCAUCAUCAGCAGCCUGGCCUGCUUCGGCCUCUUCUCCAAGAUAUUUGACGAGGUGGAGAAGCGGCGGCAGAUCUCCAUGGCCAUGAUCUACCCGUUCAUGCAGAAGCUGCGAGAGGCUGCGUUCCCAGCUCCGGGACACACGGUGGAGAUUAAGAGCUAUAUUCCUGACUCGGGCACUGAGAUCAUCAGUCUGACCCGACCGCUGGACUCCUGGCUGGAGCACGUGAACUUCGCCACGCUCUUCGACUGCCUGACUGAUGAGGAGGUGCUGCUGGUGUUCGCCGCCGCCGUCCUGGAACGACGGAUCGUCUUCAUCGCCGACGAGCUGGGCACGCUGUCCCAGGUCAUCCAUGCGGUGGCCGCCCUGCUCUACCCUUUCACCUGGCAGCACACGCUGAUCUCCAUCGUUCCGGAGAUCCUGAUCGACGUGGUGAUGGCGCCCACGCCCUACCUGCUGGGAGUGCAGAAACGCCUGCUGGACCAAGUGACGGACCAGAGCGAUCUGCUGGUGGUCGACUUGUCUGAGGAUAAAAAGAAGACGUUCAUCGUUUCAAUGGGAGACGAAGGCUCGAUUCUGCCCCCGAAGCUCAAAACUGAAAUCCUACAUGAACUGAGUGUCAGGAAAAAAGGAUCAACCGUGGAGGAGCUGAACCGCGUGGUGUCGGAGGCCUUCUUGCACUUCUUCGUGAAAACGGUCGGCCAUUACGGCUCAUACGUGAAAAAGGGAGCGUUUGAAAAGAGAAGUUUCUACAAGGCCAUCGAGUCCAAGAACGCGCGGCACUUUGUCAAGGCGUUCAUCCAGACGCAGAUGUUCGAUCUGUUCAUCCAGGAGGCCGAGCAGCAGCAGCCUGGACAACAGCAAGGAAUAUUUAACAAAAUGAUCCGUGAUUACCAAGACAGGAAGAGAAGCGACAAGACGAACAAACACUAGUUCUCACUGUGGGACUCCAGUUGUGUAUAAAGGGGGAAACUGUGAAUUCUACAAUGUGUGUCUGUGUUGGUCUGUUCUUAAAUGAGUGUGAAUUACUGUAUGGCUACGUUGCUGCUACGUCUGUCAAACACUGGCAGAAAGAGAGACUGUUGCUUUUAGCCUGUGGCCACGGUGAGUUGCUUAUGCACAGGGAAAACAUUUCAAAUAAAGGUGAUUGUUUUUUGUUUUUUUAAAGCUCUGCAACUUUUAUAAUUUCAAAUGGCCCAACACCUGUUCACAUUUCCUCUUUCUUUUUACCCUAAUUUAGAAAUACAUAUAACGAGAAUGCAGAUCUGUCUAAACCUGCGCCUUUAGAAAACUUAAUUUGUAAAUCAUGUGUGAAUUAUGUAUUUGUCUUAAUGUGUAAUAUAAACGAGCCAAAGCGAUGAACAUGGACGUGUCUCUACAGGCGCAGUGUGUGUGUGAGUUUUGAUUGUCUCUUCAUUUUCAGGAUUGUUUACUGUGAGUGACCUCUGCUGGUGUAAAACAAGGCCUUAGGUUUUGCAGUGUGUCCUUUUAAAACAAAGAACAUAAAGGAGCCAGAAGGUCCUUGAACACAUCAUGGCCUGAAGACUAGUAUUUCUUAGUCAACAGGCCCUGCAGCACCUCAUCAACAGCAGAGAACAAUUUACUGCAGUUACUGUCAUUCAUCUGCAAGAUGAUGUAAAUCUAUUUUCAGGUAUCAAUAAAGUUUGUUUUAAUAAAUGCUAAACUUAAAUGUA